AUGGCUGAAUUUAAGCUCUCUUACGAGUCACAGCUGGAUGCCUUCCACCCCUCCUACCGCUGGGAAACUCAUGACCCGAAAGACUGGAAGGCAGCUGCCUUCAAAGGCCCCGGAUUACCAGUCCUAGGAAAUGCCGUUGCCGGUGCCGUGGGAUCGGCCAUUUCCAAUGUUGUUGUGUAUCCGCUGAGCGUCAUUGUCGCCCGUCUCCAAACCCAGCAAAAGAAGGACAAGUCGAAGGACGAGUCGAGCGAGGACGAGGAAUACACCGAUAUCGUUGACGCUGCGUACAAAAUUUACCUCGAGCAGGGAAUUGCAGGGUUUUACCCCGGCCUGGCACAAGAUACGUUCAAGACAGUCUUGGACUCGUUCCUCUUCUUCCUGGCAUACAACACAGUCCGACAAAGGAGAAUAAUCGCGCGCGUUGGGGGGGUUAAAGCGGCCAAAAGCAAAAAUAUCGUACUUCCAAUCUUUGACGAGCUCGCAGUGGGGGUGGUGGCGGGUUCGUUCGCGAAGCUAUUCACCACGCCGCUGGCAAACAUUGUCACACGGAAGCAGACCGCAGCGCGCAAGGGAGGGGACAAUGAUCUAUCGACUAGCGAUAUUUCCGCGAAAAUCAAGCGUGAAAAAGGUAUACGCGGCUUCUGGUCUGGAUACUCGGCGUCUCUAAUCUUGACGCUCAACCCAUCUAUCACGUUCUUCCUGAAUGAGGUCUUGAAAUACGCUCUGGUGCCGCGGUCGAAGCGCGAACGACCUUCUGCAGCCAUUACAUUCUUAUUGGCUGCUCUGAGUAAGUCGGCGGCUUCAUCGAUUACCUAUCCUUUCUCGCUGGCCAAAACGAGGGCACAGGCCUUGGGAUCUGCCCAGGUCUCUGCGGAUGGGAAGACGUCGAACCCGUUGUCAACCCUUACGCCCAAGAUCGUUUCUACUGUUGGAACUAUUGCUCGAACUGAAGGAGUCUCUGCACUCUACGCGGGGCUUCCAGGCGAAGUCCUAAAGGGAUUUUUCUCUCAUGGAUUCACCAUGCUAGUAAAGGACGCCGUGUAUGCAACUAUCGUCAAGGUGUACUACCUCAUCCUGCUAUUGUUCCGCCGCUACCCUUCUCCAGACGAACUGAUCCAGCGUGCGCGAGAGCAAGCGGAGGAAUUCAGUGAGGUUGCACGAGAAGGAGCCCGCGAUCUAGCAGAAAGAACAAAAAAGGGUGCCGAGGAAGCCCUUAGCAGCCAUUCUGGUAAUGUAACUGUUGACAUGACCUCCAACUCUGCUGCUGCUGCUUCCGCAGCGAAGGAUACCAGCGCUGGACAUGGCGUGGACGCAUCGUCCGGUUUGAAGGUGCCCUCUCUUCCCGAUGAGGUUAACGAGACGGCUGAGCUUGUUGGUGACUACGUUGAGGACGAGACGGCGGAGUGGAAGAGCUUUUAUCACUGGUUCUGGGAUAAGGAACGAGGGCAUGAGGAAUAG